UUUUGAGGGAAUGAAUACGCAAAACCUAGACAUAAACCCUUAUAAAACCCUUUUCGUAUGGAUUUCCUGUUACCGCUCUGUGAAAAGAAUUAGCGCAGAGCAUCACAUUGUGUACAUGUUUCUAAUAUAUAUUCCGCGCAUAAACACAAAACCUAUUAAUAAAAUCCUUGCAAAACCACUUCAACUCUUCUUCCUCUCAUGCUCUGCACACUCCAUUUUUUCAGCGCACAUAGUAUAGCAAACACAUACAAAUUGUGUAUACGCCUUCCACAGGGUUGCUGAAUCUUCAAAGCAUUUCCAUACGCUAUAUAAUGGCAAGCAAAACAGAAAACAAUGAGGAGAUUUCCUUUAAGGCGCUGCAAGAGCUGGUUAAGCCGCACAUUGAUUCGUUCAACUAUUUUGCAGAGGAGGGAUUGGAAACUGCUGUUUCAAAUAUUCGCUCCGUGGUCGUUCAACAGCCCGGCACUCUUUCAAAGCUAAGAAUGUGGUUAGAAAAGCCAGAAAUAUUAUCACCAGACAAGGAAGGAAGCGAGGGACGCCAUUCCAGGCGUUUGCUACCUUAUGAGUGCAGGCAAUCUGGCACUUCAUAUAGAGGUAAAUUUUAUUUGGAAAUUUGUUUCCAAUGGAAUGAUGGGAAUGUAAUAAGGGAAAAAUUUUCUUUUGGGCGUCUUCCAAUAAUGUUAAAGUCAAAUCUUUGUAACUUGUGUGACGUCAAGCCGGAUCAGUUGGUAGACUUGAAGGAGGAAGCAACUGAAAUGGGCGGAUAUUUUAUUUGCAAUGGAUUGGAACGGCUUAUACGUUUACUAAUCAUGCCAAAACGGAAUUAUCCAUUAGGGGUGCAGCGAAGUUCAUAUCGAAAUCGAGGUCCCGAAUUUACUGAUAAAGCUGUAGUCACAAGGUGUACAAGGGCAGAUCAAUCUUCUGUGACAAAUCGACUUUAUUAUCUCCACAAUGGUAGUGCAAAUCUUGGAUUUUCGAUGAGAAGGCGCGAAUUUCUUAUUCCUGUGGGCAUAGUAUUAAAGGCCCUUAUUGACACUAGUGAUCGUGAAAUAUAUUUGCAAUUGACAUCAACAUAUAAUGAACUCUAUCAAGGUCAGAAGGGGGCCGUGGGCACACAGCUUGUGUGUCAACGAGUAGAGAUUAUACUAGAUGAAGUUAAGCGAUAUGCCCUCUUCACCCGUCUUCAGUGCUUGAAGUUUAUUGGAGAACGCUUUCAACCAAUGAUGGAAGGAAUGGAAACUGAAAGCCAUUACGCUGUUGGAGAAAGAGUAAUCGAGGAUUAUAUUCUGGUCCAUUUGGAUAGUUGCAGUGACAAAUUCAAUCUUCUGAUCUUCAUGUUACAAAAGCUUUUUGCACUUGUUGAUGAAACUGCUGCACCAGACAAUCCAGACACAUUACAGAAUCAUGAAGUUUUGCUACCUGGUCACUUGCUGACUAUUUAUGUAAAGGAGAAGCUCCAAGAAUGGUUAUUUAAGGUUAGGGCACAACUUUUGCGGGAGAUGCAGGAUACGAGUUCUGAAUUUGUUCUUCAAGAUAUAAAUAAGGUGAAGAAGGUGAUGGAAAAGGUUCCUUCGGGGAGUAUUAGCAAAGUCAUUGAAAAUAUGCUAAAUACCGGAAAUCUCAAUACUCAGUCUGGUCUUGAUCUUCAACAGAGUUCUGGAAUGACUGUCAUUGCGGAGAAGCUCAACUUUUUCCGUUUUCUUUCACAUUUCCGAUCUGUUCACAGAGGAGCAUACUUUGCACAAAUGCGAACUACUACAGUGCGCAAGCUGCUUCCAGAGUCAUGGGGCUUUAUGUGUCCUGUGCACACACCAGAUGGAUCUCCAUGUGGACUUCUAAACCAUUUGACAGCUAUGUGUAGAAUCACAUCAGAUACUGAUUCAGAAUUAAAGUUCAAAGAUUAUAUGAAACUACGGAAAUCAAUCACAAAUGUUCUGAUAGACUAUGGUAUGAUCCCUGUGCUGCCAAGAUUAGAACGUGGUGGUCCUCCAGAAAUUUUGAGUGUUCUUCUUGAUGGUCGGGUCAUUGGAUAUCUUAAUUCGUUGACGAUUGAAGGAGCUGUCAAACACCUGCGGAGUUUGAAGCUUUCCAAGACAUCUGAGGUUCCAGAGGAUCUUGAGGUGGGAUAUGUUCCGUGUACAUUUUCUGGUGCAUAUCCUGGACUAUAUCUUUUUACCACAUCUGCAAGAUUUAUUCGACCAGUGAAGAAUCUUUUGAAUGCAAGCAAUGGCCAGCCAGACAUAGAACUUAUUGGUCCAUUUGAGCAGGUCUAUAUGGAAAUAAACUGUAUUGAUGGUGGUAAUGGAGGAAGAAGAGAAGAUGAUUUUCCAGCAACUCACCAAGAAAUUCACCCUACAGCAAUGCUAAGUGUUGUUGCUAGUCUUACUCCGUGGUCUGAUCACAAUCAGAGUCCACGUAACAUGUAUCAGUGCCAGAUGGCAAAGCAAACUAUGGGAUUCCCUUCGCAAUCUAUACAGUUCCGUAGUGACAACAAACUCUAUCGUUUGCAAACGCCUCAAACACCUAUAGCCCGUACAAUAGGCUACAAAAAGUAUGACAUUGAUGAGUUUCCUACGGGGACAAAUGCAAUUGUUGCUGUACUUGCUUAUACAGGGUAUGAUAUGGAAGAUGCGAUGAUUCUGAAUAAAUCUUCUGUGGAGCGUGGGAUGUGCCAUGGACAGAUCUACCAGACAGAGACUAUUGACCUGACGGAGAAUCGAGAAAGACAUGACCGCAUCUUGAAAUUGUUUGCAAGAUCUAAUAAGGAUGCAUCGCUCAGCCGUUUUAUUGAUACUGAUGGUCUUCCUUAUAUUGGCCAGAUUCUUCAAUCAGGGGAUCCUUAUUGUACUGUAUUAAAUACUGUGACUGCUCAGAGCAGAACAUACAAGCUUAAGGGUUCCGAGACUGCUGUUGUUGAUUAUGUAGCUGCAGUUGGAACAAAGCCAAAGGAUCCAUUGCAAAAGGUCAAAAUACGUGUCCGCCGUGGCCGAAAUCCCAUCAUUGGUGACAAAUUCAGUAGUAGGCAUGGACAGAAGGGAGUUUGCUCACAAUUGUGGCCAGAUAUUGAUAUGCCAUUUUCAGCAGUAACAGGAAUGCGUCCAGAUCUUAUUAUUAAUCCACAUGCAUUUCCUUCUCGAAUGACUAUUGGGAUGCUCCUAGAGUCUAUUGCUGCCAAGGGUGGUAGCCUCCAAGGGAAGUUUGUUGAUGCGACACCAUUUGCAAGGUUAACAGGGCAAGAACAUACUAAGAAAAAUAGUGCCUCAGGUUCUGCUGUUGAUGAUUAUGGUCAGGUUCUAGCUUCUUAUGGAUUUAAUUACCAUGGAACAGAGGUCCUAUAUAGUGGCAUCCUUGGCACAGAGCUCGCUUGUGAAAUAUUCCUCGGUCCAGUGUACUAUCAACGGCUUCGACAUAUGGUUUCAGAUAAAUUUCAGGUGCGUUCCAUGGGACCUGUUAAUCCAGUCACUAGACAACCUGUGAAAGGUCGCAAGGUUGGUGGAGGUAUUCGUUUUGGAGAAAUGGAGCGCGAUUCAGUUCUUGCCCAUGGAGCAGCUUAUUUACUUCGUGAUAGACUUCAUAUAAGCUCAGAUUAUCAUGUGGCAGAUGUUUGCUCAAAAUGUGGGGGUUUAUUGUCAACUUCGCCUGUCCUUCAAAAGGAAAGAAGUGAUGCACUGACGAGUCUACCUUUGGGCAGCAUCAAUGCCAAGAAGGUAACCUGCCAUGUGUGCAAAUCAAGCCAGGCCAUUGAGACGGUGGCAAUGCCAUAUGUAUUCAGGUAUUUGGCAGCAGAGUUGGCAGCAAUGAACAUCAAGAUGGCUCUCAAGGUCUCUGAUGCAGCGUGAUGACAAAUUCAACAUUGAUUUUGAGUUUUCCAGGAAUGAAUUGAAUGACACCCAUUUUUUGUACAGUAAUUCAUACUUGUAUUAAUUAUCACAUUAUUCUUCUGAACAUGGUACUAAAUGGAAGGUGAAUAUAAUGUAAUUCAUUUUUGUAAUGAAAAAACUAGUUUUUGUUUUUAACUUUUUUCUAUUCAAUAUAUUCAUAAAACACGAAUUUAGGCAUAUUUGAUCUGCUAUCCGGAGGCAUUGUUAUAAUUGGCAAUGUGAAUUGUUUAAAAUGUCUUAUAUAAAGUUCUUUUAUACUUAGUGGUGA